AUGGCCUCCAACUUCUCCAGCAUCCCAAUCCUCGACUGGUCUCUUACCCUCGAUCCAGCGACGCGACAGCAAUUCGUCGGCCAGCUUCGACAUGCAGCCAUAAACGUCGGUUUUCUUUAUCUAUCGAAUUCUACCGUACCUCAGGGCACAGUGGACACCCUCAUCUCGUACAUACCAAAGCUCUUUGCGCUGCCUCAGGAUACCAAAGAGAAAAUCCGCAUGGCGAAUUCGGAGCACUUCUUGGGGUACUCACGGCUCGGCGCGGAAUUCACGAAGGGAAAGACGGAUAUCAGAGAGCAGUUUGAUUUCGCGACCCCUCAUGUGAGCAGGUGGAAGCCAGGUGACCCAGAUCAUUACAGGCUUUGGGGACCAUCUCAGUGGCCAGAUGAAGAUCUUAUCCCUGGAUUCAAAGCCGCCAUGGAGGAAUACCUCUUACAAGUCCAAGAACUGAGCUACGCAGUCGCGAAACUGCUGAGCGAAGCGCUGGGCUUGCCUCCCGAUGGCCUGUCCAAAUUCUACGACUCCCCCGAGCUUAUGCAGCAUAGAAGCAAGAUCGUCAAGUAUCCUGUUGUUGAUACUUCCUCUCAGUCAGAUCAGGGUGUCGGCCCUCAUUACGACGCGGGUUUCUUGACUAUUCUUCUACAAGCAUCUGACCAUCGAGGCCUUCAAGUGCAGAACCUAUCCGGCCAGUGGAUCGACGCACCUCCCAUCCCAGGAACAUUCGUAAUCAACUUUGGCAAAGCGAUCGAGUUCGUUACCCAAGGCCUCGCGAGGGCCACAUCCCACCGCGUUGUCUCACCGAAAGGAACCACACCUCGAUAUUCCAUCCCCUUCUUCCAGAACAUCAGUCUCGACGCGCGACUCGCUGAGAGCGUUCUACAAUUCCCGCCAGAAAUACUGAAGCUGCGGGAGCUGCGAGGGGAUGUAGCUACUACUGAAUCCGUUAACUUCUCUGAAUUCGACCGCGAGCCGUCAGGGAAAGUUAAUCUCAUUGGCCGUGUCAAGAGUCACCCAGACGUUGCGCAGCGGCAUUACCCAGAGUUAUUUGCCCAGAUCUUUCCACAGGGCUUACCGGCUCACGGCAGCGCAUACUGA